CCUAGAAGGAACCGGAAGUUCCCUUCCGCCACCCGGAAGCGGCCCUCUCCUGGUGCGGCGAUGGCGUCCGUGGUGGGCUCCGGGCCGGAGGAGACGCCGCGGCGCCCGCAGGGACAGCUCGGCCCGGGGGAGGCGGAGGAGGAAGAGGAGGAGGAGGGCCAGAGCGAUGAGCCGCUGCCCCUCAACCUGGGAGAGCUGGACCUGACCUCCGAGGAGUUCAUCCUGGACGAAGUGGACAUUCACAUCCAAGCCAACUUGGAGGACGCCCUCGUCCAAGAGGCCCUGAAGACGGGGGUGGAUCUCCGGCAGUACUCCAAGCAGGUGGAGCAGGAGCUGCAGCAGAUCGAAAACGCCUCCAUCAAGGACUAUAUUAAGGAGAGCAAGAACAUCGCCUCCCUGCACACCCAGAUCACGGCCUGCGAUGCCGUCCUUGAGCGCAUGGAGGCCAUGCUGAGCUCCUUCCAGUCCGACCUGAGCAGCAUCAGCUGUGAGAUCCAGACACUGCAGGAGCAGUCGGUCGCCAUGAACGUCCGCUUGCGCAACCGCCAGGCCGUCCGCGGGCGCCUCUCCCAGCUAGUGGACGAGCUGGUGGUGCCCAACAUCAUGAUCAGCACUAUCCUGGAGACACCAGUGACCGACCAGGCCUUCCUGGAGCAGCUGCAUGAACUUAAUAACAAGAUCAACGUCGUGAAGGAGCAGGCCUUCCGUGAGACCAUGGCCUGCACAGAUGUGGCAGACAUCCUGGACAAGCUGAAGGCCAAGGCGGUGGCCAAGAUCCGGGAAUUCAUCCUGCAGAAAGUCUACUCCUUCCGCAAACCCAUGACCAACUACCAGAUCCCCCAGAAUGCCCUGCUCAAGUACAGGUUUUUCUACCAGUUCCUGCUGGGCCACGAGCGGGUCAUCGCCAAGGAGGUCCGGGACGAGUACGUGGACACCAUGAGCAAGAUCUACCUCAGCUACUUCAAGUCCUACACCAACCGCCUGAUGAAGCUCCAGUACGAGGAGGUGGCUGAGAAGGACGACCUGAUGGGGGUGGAAGACACCGGCAAGAAGGGCUUCUUCUCCAAGCCUCCCCUCCGCAGCCGGAACACCAUCUUCACGCUGGGGAACCGGGGGAACGUGAUCAGCAGCACCGAGCUGGAGGGCUCCAUCAUCGUCCCCCACUCAGCGCAGAAGAGCGACGUCCGAUAUCCCUUCGAGUCGCUCUUCCGGAGCCAACACUACGCCCUGCUGGACAACAGCUGCCGCGAGUACCUGUUCCUCUGCGACUUCUUCCUGGUGGCCGGGACCCCCGCCCUGGACCUUUUCAACGCCGUCAUGGGCAAGACCCUCGCCAUGUUCCUUAAGCACAUGGACGCCUACGUGAGCGACUGCUACGACAGCAUCGCCGUCUUCCUCUGCAUCCACAUUGUUCUUCGGUUCAAGGCCCUGGUGGCUAAGCGCAAUGUCCCGGCUAUUGACAAGUAUUGGGACACACUACUGGAACUGCUCUGGCCGCGAUUUCAGUACAUUCUGGAGCUGAACAUUCACAGCAUCCAGAGCACGGACCCCCAGAAGCUGGGCUUCCUCGACACGCGUCCCCACUACAUCACCCGGCGGUACGCAGAGUUCUCCUCGGCCAUCGUCAGCAUCAACCAGACCUUCCCCCACGAGCGGACUUUGGCCCUGCUGGGGCAGCUCCAGACCGAAGUGGAGAACUUCGUCCUACGUGUGGCAGCUGAAUUCUCCUCCCGCACCGAGCAACUCAUCUUUCUCAUUAACAACUACGACAUGAUGCUGGGUGUCCUGAUGGAGCGAGCGGUGGAGGAGAGCAAAGAGGUGGAGGGGUUCCAGCAGCUGCUGAAUGCCCGCACUCAGGAGUUCAUCGAGGAGCUCCUGGCCCCGGGGUUCGGGGGCAUGAUAGCCUUUGUGAAGGAGGUAGAGGGGCUGUCCGAGCGGGGACAGCUGGAGCGCCUGCGAGGGGAGGAAGCCCGGGUCACACAGCUGGUACGUGGCUUUGCCGCCACGUGGAAGGCCUCGGUGGAGACCCUUAGCCAGGACGUGAUGCGCUCCUUCACCAACUUCAAGAACGGGACCACCAUCAUCCAGGGGGCACUGACGCAGCUGAUCCAGUACUACCACCGCUUCCACAAGGUCCUGGCGCUGCCCCCGCUGAAGGCCCUCCCCGUCCGCUCGGAGCUCAUCAACAUCCACCACUUGAUGGUCGAGGUGAAGAAGCACCGGCCCAACUUCUGAGGGCGGAAACCCCCCACCCCCACCCCCUUGUACAGUCCUGUUAAUAAACUCUCUUGUGACCCAGAAGGCCUCCUUGGGACCGAGGGGGAAGUAGGGGGGGAGGCUGGAAUUGAGGGCCAGGCUCACCCACACUUAUCCCCGUCCCCGUGCCAUCACCCCGGGCAGAGCUUGCUGGUGAGUGUGCGUCACACAAACUGGAGCUUUCCCUAAAGAAGGAAAGAGGUGUCUGUGUGUGAAUGCAGUGACAGCACUGACCCAGCUUAGCAUUUGUGACAUUUUGGGUGCCAGAUAACAGGCAGUCCUCAAUGUACGAUCAGAAUCGGGGACUGGAAAAUUCAUUGCCGAGCAACGUGGUCGUUAAAUGAGGCAUCACCUCACCCAGUUCUACCAUCUUUUUUGCCGUGAUUUAAGCCAAACGUCAGUGGCCACCUUUUGCCCGUCUUUCCCGCUGGCUUCCCCAAUGACUUUGUGGGAAGCCGUCUGAGAAGGUUGCAAAUGGCGAUCACGAGAGAGAAUUGUCGUCAACGCAAACCAAGCACCUGGAUGGCGAUUGCACGACUGCGACAAGGAUGCUGCAGCGGUCCUAAGUACGAGGGCGGAUUGUUAAGUCACUACUGUCAGACGGCCCCUAAGCAAGUGGACAUAAGUUGGGGACCCCCCUCUAUUCCA